AUGCAUGCGUUGCUGCUAAUGCUGCUGCUGCUGCUGCUGCUGCUGCAGCGGGCGCAGCAGCAACGGCCCCCGCAGCAGCAGCAGCAGCAGCAGCAGCGCCCGCUGCGAACAGAGACAGAGACAGACUCCGCAGCAGCAGCAGCAGAGAACACUCCGCCAAGUCCAAAGGAGACAGCAGCAAAAAGAAGCAAAAAGUGUUUCGAAAAGAAGAGCAAAAGGAGACAGAAACUGACGCAGAAGGCAGCAGCAGCAGCAGCAGCAGCAGCGCAGCAGAGUCCGACAGCGAAGAGCCCCUUGAAACGAGAAACAGCAGCAGCUGCUGCUGCUGCUGCAGCAGAGGACAGCGACGAAGAAGAAGCAGCCAGCGACGCAGAAAAAGACGCAGCAGCAGCAGCAGCAACAGCAGCAGCAGCAGCAGCAGCAGCAGACAGCGCCGUGGGGGGCCUCAUUGAACAGUACAGACAGGAGACAGAAGGGCAAGAAGACGAAGAAGAAACGGGACUUUUUAAUGAUGAUGAAUAA